AUGGAGGAUUCAGGGGCGAUUCUCUGCCAAAUCUCUUCACUCAAGGACAUGCUCGACCAGGUAAAUGAAGAAAUCGAAGCGAACAUUCAGAUUACUCGAGAGAUAGAAUCGGAAAUUGUCAAAUGCUCCGAAAUCGAGAAUACUUUGGAGUCUAGAGAAUCGGAGUUGACAAAGAUGGCUUACAUGUUAGAGUUCGAGAUCGACGGAUUGAAAGCGGUCACUGCUGAUUCAAGAACCUCAGUGAAACUGUUGGGGGAGGAGUUACACUGUCUGCAAAUGAAGUGGGAUAAGACCCUCACAAGAACAAACAGAAAGAGGGAUGUGUUCACCAUGUUGUGCCUAGAUUUUCAGAAGGACAUUGAAAAGGGAGAAAAUGACGAAUUGGCUACUUUGUUAUCAGAGAAAGACUUUCUUGAAGAUGAAAUUCAUCUUUGGAGUAAGAAAAAUAAUGCUUUACAAAAUUCAAUGGUGGCAUUUGUGGAGGAGAUUCUUGAAGAUCUUCAUAGUUCUAAUUCUGCUUUGGAUGUUGAGGUACAGAGUAAAAAGCUAGAAAAUGAGAAAUUGCUCAAGGAGAUUGAUGAGUUGAAGACUACAUUGCUUUCAGCACUUUCUGCCUGAUGAUUGGACAA